UACAAAUAAAACGGUGUAGCAAUUAUCAGUAUUUUCUAAUAUUAUAUUUCUAACAGUUCAGGUACAUAAAGUGCGAUAUUUAGAAAUAUAUUUCUGUUAAAGUUUUGGAUAUAAUGCUGGGACAAACAAAAGAUAUUUUACCUAGGAUAAUUUAUGAAGAUACAUAAAAUGGACUUGGAGUACAAUAUUAAUAAAAAUGGGAAGAUUCUCGUUUGGAUUUACUCUCAGACCAGUCCACUUGGUUUACAUGAUCUUUCUGAAGAAGAGAAAAAAGGAAGUAAGACACUGAUGACAGAAGAAGCCACUGGUUGCAAACGAGACAUUGAUUUGAAACAAAUCAGAAAUUUUUUCGAGAACGAGAAGGAAGGGAAUUUUGAUGCACAAAUUGAAGUUAAACAGCAGAUAAGAACAUCAUUUGAAGAGUUCAAAUCGGAGCUGAAAAAAAUAGACAAAGAAAAUCCGCUUGCGUACCAAUGUUUUGUUUUUGUCUUUUUGACAUACAGUAAGCCUCAACAUGAGGAAUACAAUGAAGAGUUGCUGCAUUUCGACCACAGAUUUAUGGCAGAAGGGCUUGUCCCACAAGCAAAAAUCAUCGAUGAAGUCAAAAAUCUAAAUGUAACAAAAGGGAAGCCAAAAAUCUUUCUAAUCCAAGCGGAUGAUUUAAGUCUUCUUAAAGAUAAGAUGACCCAUAAAGCGAAACCGGACUAUGAGACACCAAAAGUCAUUAAAAUACCAACAGAUGCUGAUCAGCUCAUCAUAAAAUCCACUAUUCCUCAGAGAAUUGCCAACAAACAUGCUGCUAAAGAAACACCAUCAUUUUUGAUACAAGCAUUUCUGAAAGCAAUGAAAACGAAAAAAGAAAGGGAAGAUCUUUUAACAUUGACUACAACUAUCAACAGACACGUUGCGGACCUUAUAACUGAAUACAAAAAUAAAUCUGGAGACCUGAGGGCAACUGAUAUGCAUGUACCUUUGGUUACAUCUACUCUCACAAAAUUAUUAUUUCUAUAAACUAAUACUACCCUGAACAUGUCAUUAGCUGUUUUAAAUGUAAAGCAUUGUUAAGUAUUUAAAAGGAGGAUAACUUAAACAUCGAACAAGGAAGAAUGUAACAUUUUUUGUAAUACUUUUUCUCCAUAGUGAUUCAAACAACAGACAGGUGCUUGCAUUAUUUGUAUAUAUGUUUGGAAAUGGCUAAUAGUUUGUAUUAAUUAAAAUUUGUUCAUUGCGUUUUAUGUCAAAUCAAAUAUUUAUGUGGCUAAAUAGAAAAAUCAGAGUUUUUUUUGUAAAUACAGAGUUUAGCUUAAGUUUAUCACUUUGUGCAUGUACAUUUUUGUAUUUAAUUAUUAUUAUUAUUAUUAUCAUUAUUAUUAUUAUUAUUAUUAUUAUUAUUAUUAUUUUUAUU